AUGGGGUGUAGCAAUAUGAAGAAUGCCAUGAUAGCAUUCUUGGUUCCUCUUCCCUCCAUCCUCUUCUACCUUACAUUCAUCAAUUAUUCCACUCACCCCUCUCUUAUUAUUAUCUCAACAUGGCACCCUCUUCUAUUAGUUAAUCUCCUUUUCUUCUUCAAUGUUAAUCUCCUCUUUUGGCUCAUUGCCCAAAUCCAAUCCAGCCACUGGAUGAUCGACCCUUACUGGACAGUCAUACCUGUCAUGCUUGUCCAUUACUAUUCCUCCCACCCUUUCUCUAACUAUAAUUCCUGGAGGUCAAAUAUUGUCAUCUUCUUGACUUGGGUGUGGAGCAUAAGGCUCUUUCAUAGCUACUUCAGACGAGAAAAGUGGCAAUGGGGUGCCAGACAGGAUUGGCGUUUCACUGAUAUGUCCCAACAAUAUGGAAACCAAUGGUGGUGGGCUUCCUUCUUCUCCAUCUACCUCCCUCACCAGUUUUUGUUGAUUGGAUUAUCACUUCCCAUGUAUGUCAUCCACUCAGUGAAUCAGCCUCUCAACAUAUGGGACUCGGUAGCCACACUCGUGUGUGUUUCUGGCAUCCUCAUAGCAUACUUUGCAGAUACUCAGUUACACAACUUUGUCAUGAGUAGAUACAAGGGUAUGGUCCUUGAGAGUGGAUUAUGGUACUAUUCUCGGCAUCCAAAUUACUUUGGCGAGCAGCUCUGGUGGUGGGGACUGGUUGUAUUCGCUUGGAAUUUGGGACAUGGAUGGACAUUCAUAGGAGCAUUGGGUAACACAAUGUGUUUGGGUUAUGUGACAAAACUUGUGGAACAAAGAAUGUUGAAGCAAGAGAAAAGAGCAGAGGCAUAUAGGAUGUAUCAGAACACAACUUCCGUAUGGAUUCCCUGCUUCAAGUUCGUGUUCAACUCAUCUGCUUCUUCAGCUUUAGAAUUCAAAAUUAAGAAUGCUUGA